AUGGAUAAGUCCAGGAAAUAUUUUACUGAUCUUAUAGAUAAAGGAAUAGCGGCUGCCAGUUUACUGCCUCGUGAUGAACUGCUGUUUUCUUACAAUGGAACUCUCUACCCUGUCACUAUUUGUAGUCCUGAAACAUUCAGAGCCUUGGAGUCGUUUGAAUCCAGAAGUGAUGAUGUACUUUUGGCAGGAUACCCUAAAUCUGGCACAAACUGGCUAAGUCAAAUCUUAACUGACCUGAUAAACAUAUCUGAAAAGAAAACACAGGAUAGAGAAAGCGGUGUGAAUGAUGAAGAACUAGAAUUCCCCUACCUUGAAGUUGGAGAUGCUGAGAAAUAUGAGUGAAUGACCAAAUUACCUUCUCCAAGAUUUAUGGUUACUCAUCUCCGUCCUGAAAACCUUCCCAAGUCUAUCUUCAAAAAUAAAGUCAAGAUAUUGUUAUUGAUUCGUAACCCAAAAGAUUUAGCUACAUCUUUUUACCAUUUUUCCAAUGGCCUGGCUAUUCUUCCCUCCUAUGAGACCUGGGAUGAUUUCUUCACAGAUUUCAUGACAAAGAAAGUGGUCUGGGGAUCCUACUUCGAAUACCUUUCCAAAUGGAACAACUAUGCUGAUGAAGAAAAUGUUAUGACAAUAACUUAUGAAGAGCUAAAAGAGAAUCCUGUCGUGGGUGUGAAAAACAUAGCUGCUUUCUUAGGGAUUUCAGUGACUGAGGAGGAGCUUCAGCUUGUGGUAGAGAGGAGCAGCUUUCAGUCAAUGAAGAAGAACUCACAGAAGACCCAUGGGGCAUUAGGCAACGUUCUCUUUCGCAAAGGUGCUGUAAGUGACUGGAAGAAUCUUUUCAGUGAAGAUCAGAAUGAGAAAAUGGACAAAGCAUUUGAAGAAUAUGUAGGAGGAACUAAACUUGGAACAAAGUUAAAGUAUGAAGUGUACUGUAAAGCCUGAAGAGUAAUAAAAUGUGGUCAGAACAAGAACUUCUUGAGGCACACGCUGAUAAUCUGAAUACUAUAUACUGGAAAAUUAGAUCAAAUUAUCAAAGCACUGUUAGAAUUACUCUAAUAAACACAUUGCAGCAGCCUUUAUAGUGACAGUGAUGAAUAGUAGGCUUUAGUUUUAUGGUGAGAUCUUUGGCUUGCUUUGGCUACACCCAUUUGCUGCAAGAUGUGUCAACUAAUCAUAUUCACAAAAAUUCAACAGCCCUGUUGAAGUAGCUGUCACCUGGAGGGAAAUGACCCUUUUCUUUCUAGCCAAACCCCAUCUUUGUAGACUAUUUUGUAGUUAUUUACUGUGCAGAUAAUUUUUUCUUCAAAAAUGUUUCAAAUCAAGAAACAUCUUCACAGAAAAGAUUACUAGCAAAAAUAUGGAUCUGACACAAACCUAAUGACAAAGGAUGUCUUCCAUGACUUCAGCACAAACUGGAUCAGAGCUAGAGAGAGAAGAAAGAAAGGGAAUGAGGAUCAGCAUUCUUAAGGAUUUUAAUCUCUCUGAAUGCAAAAUGUGAGGAUGGAUUUCAGAUUAUAGGCUGGUGUCAACUGGAAAAAUUCACUCAGAGUCACUGCUUUUAUAGGAACAUAGAACAGCCCAGGA